GGAGGGGUGGAGUGCCUUCUGCAUUUUUGCAACCACCAAAGUUCGCUGAAAAGCCAGCGUGCCCUUUCUAUUUUCCGGAGUGCCCAAAUCGUCGCCAAAAGCUUUCUUAUCAAAUCGCCAUUUGAAACUUCUCUAAUCAGCUGUUCUGUCGUGUGAGGCUACUCUCUCGCUCUCUCUCUCUCUCUGAGGGAGAAGUCGCUCUCUCUCUCUCUCUCUCUCUCUCUCUCUCUCUCUCUCUCUGUGGGAGAAGGAAACCAUCUUUCUCUGUCUACUCUCUCUCCUCUCUCCUCUCUCUAAAUAAUGCAAAGCAAGCACUUCGAUCUUCCCCAUACUAUGCUUAUUGUUUAAGCUCUCUCUCUCUCUCUCUCUCUCUCUGAGCUCUGGAACACAAAAAUGCUGUCCUUGCUUUCCCUCAAACACCUGAUCCUGGCCCUUGCCGCCGUUCUGCCGCCGGUGUCGGUGGUCUACGGCAAAUUUCCAGCGAGCUUCCUAACCUUGGAGAGGGCUUUCCCGGCGAACCAGCGGGUCGAGCUCGAGUUCCUUAAAGCUCGAGACCGGCUCAGGCACGCCCGACUGUUGCAAGGUGUCGGCGGUGUCGUAAAUUUCUUCGUUGCUGGUUCCUCCGAUCCGUACGUCGUCGGGCUUUAUUUUACAAAAGUCAAACUGGGUUCUCCUCCAAGAGUAUUCAAUGUGCAGAUUGAUACUGGAAGUGACAUCUUAUGGAUUACAUGCAGUUCUUGCACUAACUGCCCCCAAUCCAGUGAACUUGGAAUUGAUCUCAAUUUUUUUGAUGCUGCUAGCUCAUCAACUGCUUCUGUCGUGCCCUGUUCACACCCACUGUGCUCCUCCGUUGCCCAAACCACAGCAGCUGAAUGCUCUCCUGAGAGUAAUCAGUGCACUUACUCGUUCCAGUAUGGAGAUGGAAGUGGAACUUCGGGUUAUUAUGCAUCUGAUAUGUUCUAUUUUGACACAGUUCUGGGGGAGUCUUUAGUUGCUAACUCCUCGGCAUCCGUUGUCUUUGGGUGUAGUACCUCUCAGUCUGGGGACUUAACUAAGACGGAUCGAGCAAUUGAUGGGAUUUUUGGGUUUGGACAGCAGGAUCUUUCUGUUAUAUCACAGUUAUCAAGGUUAGGGAUAACACCGAAAGUGUUCUCCCAUUGUUUGAGAGGGGAGGGAAAUGGUGGGGGGAUAUUGGUCCUUGGUGAGAUUUUGGACCCGGGAAUUGUCUAUACUCCACUUGUCCCAUCACAGCCUCAUUACAAUUUGAAUCUGCAGAGCAUUGCUGUCAAUGGGCAAUCAUUGCCAAUUGAUCCGGCAGUGUUUGCAACCUCAAGCAAUCGUGGAACCAUUGUUGAUUCUGGGACAACUUUGGCGUACCUUGCGGAAGAAGCUUAUGAUCCAUUUGUUACUUCUAUAACUUCUGCUGUUUCACAAUCUGUGACUCCUGUCGAUUCAAAGGGAAACCAGUGUUAUCUUGUCUCUAUGAGCAUAGCCGAGAUAUUUCCUCCAGUUAGUUUAAACUUUGAGGGUGGUGCAUCCAUGGUUCUAAAACCAGAAGAGUAUCUUACACAUCUGGGUUUUGUUGAUGGUGCUCCAAUGUGGUGCAUUGGAUUUCAAAAAGCUCAGGAUCAGGGAAUAACAAUUCUUGGAGAUCUUGUUCUAAAAGAUAAGAUUUUUGUUUAUGAUCUAGCUCGUCAACGAAUUGGAUGGGCCAACUAUGACUGUUCGUCGUCUGUAAAUGUCUCUGUAACAUCUGGCAAGGAUGAAUUUAUCAAUGCUGGGCAGCUGAGUGUGAGCAGCUCAUCAAGAAAUAUGCACCAUGAGUGGAUACCAAAGAACACCGAGGCUUUUCUCAUUCACAAUCUAGUCUUCAUUGGAUUCCUUAUUUUCAUAACCUAGAUAUCAGAUUGAAAUCCCAUUCUUUGCUUAAAAUGCCUUGGCUUCACUAGUUUUUAUUUAUAGUGAUUGGCAAGGCAUUAUGACUUUAUUUGGCUUUUCAGAGGUGGCCGUUCCUCAUCCUAUCCAAUUAUUCUCACCCAGUUCAGCUUUCUCCUUUAAGAGGGCCCUCCAUGUUAAAAUCCUUGUUAGUGUUGUAAAUUAUCCUCCUACCGCGUGUUUUGCUGUGGGUUGUAGAAUUACAAUUUGGUCCUCAGGAGUGGGAAAAACCCUUGUAGUUCAUGCUUUCAAGUUAGCAACGACGUAGAAAUGGUGUAUUCUUCCCCGCCUUCAGGUCAAUCCUCGUGAGAUCUGUUCCAAUAUGUUCGCUCUUGUGCUUCCUUUCUUUUUGUUAGGACUUUGGGGGAAGGAUUGUAGGUUGCAAUCGCAAGUUUCUUUUCUUGCACGAGGAUAACUUGUGAAGAACACCGUCCAAUUGUUUCUGUUCCUGGAACUGGUUUUGAUGCAUAUGAGCAUGCUGCGAUACUGUUUUGGAACUGUUGUGGAGCAGAAACAUUUUUGUUUCUCACAGAAAAACUGCAGAUUCCUGGCACUGGGUUUAGGAGCUACGAGGUCUUUUGCGGUUGACUCGGGCAGAAGCUGCAAGCUGCUGGGCCACUGGCAAGCAUCUACUUAUUUUAGCUUUAGCAUUUACUCUGUUGUAUGAACUGUUUAUACAAUAUAAAUAUGUAUGCACUCUUAUUCAUUAUAAAAAUUUAGAACAUCCUCUAGGUAAGUGGGGCUGAGUUUUGAAAACCAUGGAGAGUGAAAUGAACUCUUGCAUUUUAAUUCAGCCCCUCACAUCCAUCUGAUUGGUCCUCACAUUGGAGGAUUUUAAAUGAAGCUUUGUGAUAAAAAAGGCAUGCAGGCAUGAACUUUUGCUUUGUUUGGCUA